GUAAACUACCUGCAUAGCCGUAGCCUUCUAACUGACCUUUCGAGACUCUCUUUUUCUGGUGGCUCGUUCCUACAGCUAUAUCUCCAGCAUUGAAUAUUCGCACACGGUAGUGGCCGGUGUGGAGGUACUCUCAGUUGGAUUGCAGAUUGUCAUCACGCUGUUCGUAAUGCAGUUUUCUCUCUGGAUCCCUGGACUGGUGCUUAUUCCAGUCUUCUCGCUGCAGCUGUUUCUCUUCUGCCUGGUCGGCACCAUCAUCGAGCAAAAGGGGGAAAAGUUUUCGGACGGCGUGUACAACCUAACCUUCAACGAACUGUCGAGGGAGCAUAAGCAAAUCUUUCGUCUGCUGCUGCUGUGCUCUCAGCAACCUAAAACACUCACCUGCGCCCGUAUGACACGCAUCAGCCUAAACCUGUUCGUUAAUAUGUCACAAAAAUUUUACUCAAUUUUCAUGAUGUUACGUAACAUGUAACAAGCAUUACACUCCUAUCACAGCCAAGAACCUGAGCGAUUCUACUGCAUGCCCUUCAUCAGCAAAGUGUUCCCACCAAUGUAAAUGCUUCUAGUGUAUGUUCACGUUUGCUCUAUGAAAUGCAAAUGCAAAAAUUAAAUUGUGCCGCACACUCCCACACAUGCACACACACACGAACGUGCCCUUAAUGUUUGAUUCUUCAAAGUCCGA